GAAAAAAUUUAGUGGGUGCGGUGAAGUGCUGUGACAAAGUGAGUGAGCUCCGCUUUUUAAGACUAAUUUCGUGUGAAAUACGUGAUCCUGUGUAUUCCUUUGUGUUUCAUCAAGCAGAAGAAGACGUCAAUGAUGCCGUCUGAGUAGAAGGUUUUUCCGUUGAACAACGAUGCCACCGGCCUAUACUGGUAUGAUUGGGGGCGCGUCUACUUCGUCGACUGUGGUCGAUUCGACCCAGAUGAAUGUUUUCCGGAGCUAUGUCUCCAUGCUGGCCGAUCCCAUGGCCAAGGAAGAAGUGAAAUUGAAGGCGGCUCAGGAAUUGAGUGAAAACUUUGAGAUAAUAACCCAAUGUUCGGGGUAUCAGUCUUUCUUGGAACACGCCAUGAAGAUAUUCAUAAAGGUCCUCCAAGAUGGCGAGCCUCAGUUCAUUUCUGAGAAUAACAUCCAGCAAGUGAGAAAGCUUAUACUCGAGAUGAUUCAUCGGCUUCCAACUUCUGAGGUUCUUAGGCCCUAUGUUAAAGUUAUUCUGACUUUGAUGCUCAAAUUGCUUCGGGAGGACAAUGAAGAGAAUGUUCUUGUAUGCCUGCGCAUCAUAAUUGAACUCCAUAAGCAAUAUAGACCUGCAUAUAAUCCUGAAAUUGGGCAUUUUCUUGCCUUUGUCAAAAAUAUUUACUCAGAAUUGCCCAAACACAUGGCCAAAAUCUUUGAACCUCGUGCCCCAAUCAGAGUUAAAGACCUGAAGGAGCUCAAUAUGGAGCAACUUCUGGCCGAAUCCUACACAAUAACGCCCAUUCAGGUGGAGAAGAAGACAGCGGACGGCACAACAGUCACACAAAACUUGAUCCCAAAAGGAGUUCUGUCUCUGAAAGUACUGCAGGAGCUACCGAUAAUUGUUGUGCUUAUGUAUCAGAUCUACAAAACAUUUGUACAUCAAGAAGUUGCUGAAUUUGUACCACUAAUUAUGACUACAAUUACCCUUCAACCAUCUCCAAUUCACAGGCAAUCUCCAGCCUUCAAUAAGGAAGUGUUUGUGGACUUCAUGGGAGCUCAAAUUAAAACACUUUCGUUUCUAGCAUACAUCAUCCGCCUGUUCACUGAGGUGAUUGUAACUCAUUCUGCAUCAAUGGUGAAGGGAAUGCUGAGCUUAUUACAGCUCUGUCCCAAAGAGGUUGCUCAUUUGCGCAAGGAACUUUUGAUAGCUGCCAGACACAUCUUGGCAACUGAAUUGAGAAACAAAUUUGUCGGAUUGAUGGAUAAACUGUUCAAUGAGGAUUUGCUUCUUGGUCGUGGAUACACAACACAUGAAUCCCUUCGACCACUAGCAUAUUCUACCUUGGCAGAUUUAACCCAUCAUGUUAGGCAGAACCUGAGUCUUCCUGUGCUGGCAAAAGCCGUACAUUUGUUCUCCAAAAAUGUCCAUGACGAAUCUCUGCCCACGAGCAUCCAGACAAUGUCAUGCAAAUUGCUGCUAAAUCUUGUCGAUUGCAUCCGUCAGAGAAGUGACACUGAGACUUCAACAGCCCGAGAUUUACUCAUUACAAUGUUGAAGGUGUUCACUCUCAAAUUCCAGACAAUUGCUAAAAUCCAAUUGCCCCAAAUCAUGAAAAAAUGUGCCCCAAAUAACAGGAGGCCUAUCAAACCUGAUGAAUCAUCUUCGCCGACCAACAGUGGGACUCCAACUCAAGCUAAUCCUCCAGCCCUUACAGCUCCAGAUACUUUCCGAGGAGAUUCCGUGUCGUUUGACGUCCCAAUGUCUGAUCAGCCAACAAAAUUGGGCAGCAUCGGAUUCCCUCCACCGCCCAAUUUAAAUGUUGCCGAAUACAGGAGCCUUGUGAAGACUCUCGUUUGUGGAGUCAAAACAAUCACAUGGGGAUGUGCUGGAUGCAAAUCUCCAUUGAGUGAUUGCACAAAUUCUAGCCAGCAAUCGAAAGUGUUUCAACCGAGUGAGAUUCUCAUAUUUAUUGAUCUGGUUCAGUGGGCCCUUGAAGCGUUGGACAUCUACAUGAUAAAUGUUCCAACGGUGGGCCCAAGUGCUGGUCAGAUGGUGAAGACAGUGAGUCAGGUGCCACGGAGUAAGGAAGAGAAGGAAGUCCUAGAGCAUUUUAGUGGAGUUUUCCUGAUGAAUAAUCAGAAUUUCCAAGAGAUCUUUGCGUCAACCAUUGAUUUCAUGGUGGAGCGUUUGCAUGAGAAUCCUGCUCUGCAGGUCAUAGCGAAUUCCUUCCUGGCCAAUUCGGUGACAUCGCCACUUUUUGCAACUGUCCUGGUUGAGUAUUUGCUGGAACGGAUGGAGGGUAUGGGUUCGAGUGUUGAACGAUCAAAUUUGUACUUGAGGCUGUUUAAAUUGGUUUUCGGGAGUGUUAGUUUGUUUCCGGCUGAGAAUGAACAUAUGCUACGUCCACAUCUCCACAACAUCGUCAAUAGGUCCAUGGAGUUGGCGAUGACAGCAAAGGAGCCCUACAACUACUUUCUCCUCUUGCGUGCCCUCUUUCGGUCUAUAGGUGGUGGCAAUCAUGAUCUGCUAUAUCAGGAAUUCCUGCCGUUGCUGCCAAAUCUUCUCGAAGGUCUCAAUCGUCUUCAGAGUGGAUUCCAUAAGCAACAUAUGAAAGAUCUGUUUGUGGAGCUGUGUCUGACUGUUCCCGUACGUCUAUCGUCCCUCUUGCCAUAUUUACCCAUGCUCAUGGAUCCCCUCGUGUCAGCACUCAAUGGUUCCCAUACACUGAUCAGUCAGGGAUUGAGAACACUAGAACUGUGUGUGGAUAAUCUACAACCAGACUUCCUCUAUGAUCACAUCCAACCCGUCCGAGCAGAAUUGAUGCAAGCCCUGUGGAGAACCCUAAGAAAUCAGGAUAGUGCAGCUCUCGUGGCUUUCCGUGUAUUGGGAAAAUUUGGCGGAGGCAACAGGAAGAUGAUGAUAGAGCCGCAACGACUGGAAUACAAUGACAAAGAUACUCCAGCACCGGCUAUUAUGGCAUGCUUCCAGGAUAAUCUUCAACCGGUAGACUUUCCAAUGGAUAAAGUUAUUGAAACGGCCUUUUCAGCACUCAAAUCCAGCUCAACGGAUCCGUUCUACUGGAAACAAAGCUGGGAAGCUAUUCGAUGCUAUCUGGCAGCUUCACUUUCACUGGAUGAUGAUAAACACACGUUGCAGAAACUCUUUAUGCAUCCGAGUUUCGUGGAGGGCAAUAUUGGAGCUAUGCCAGCACAGCAGUAUCGGGCUCUGGAUUCGCAAGCUCGACAAACGCAUCAAACAGCCUUGACGGGAAUGUUUGUGGCGGCAGCAACGAAAGAUCUCAGAGAAUCUGUUUUACCGACAAUGGUUGCAGUAGUUCGCCAUUACACAAUGGUGGCAAUUGCUCAGCAAGCUGGUCCGUUUCCGCACAAGUACUACCAGAUGAACAAUGGUUUGGAUCCCCUUGUUCUCAUUGAUGCCCUAGCAGCAAUUAUGGGACAUGAGGAAAAGGAACUGUGUAAACCAGGGCGGUUUGCAAUGGUGCUAAUUCUGCAAACGGCAACGAGUAUUAUGGGAACGAAGGAAAGAGCAUGUCGUUUGCCAAUGAUGCAGUACUUGGCAGAGCAAAUGUGCAACUUGUGCUAUGAGCGUCCUUGGUACGCAAAGAUGGGUGGUUGUGAUGCCCUUAAGUUCCUCUAUCAGCACAUGGCCAUGCGUUGGUUGUAUCAACAUCUCUUCGUUUUUCUAAAGGCCUUCAUGUUUGUGAUAAUGGAUCUGGCUGGAGAGGUUUCCAGUGGAGCUAUUGAUACGGCCAAGACGAAUCUCGAGGAAAUGCUAAGAAUCUGUAUGGUUCCGUUGGACAAGGAGUGCAAGAAUGAGGAAUUGAUCACGACGCAGGAUAAAGCUAUGAAGGAGGUGAUUCAGGAACUUGUGCGUCAAGUAACAAGUCCUCAUACCCUUGUUCGUGAGCAAGCGAUGUCAUCGCUGAAGCUUAUUGCUGAACUACAGGGAAAAACCGUAACGGACAUUAUGGAACCUCAUAGGGAAGUCCUAGUGGAUAUGAUACCGCCAAAGAAGCAUCUUCUUCGUCAUCAGCCAACUAGUGCUCAAAUUGGUCUGAUGGAUGGCAAUACUUUCUGCACAACACUCGAACCGCGUCUCUUCACCAUUGAUUUUGCUCACAUGACCCAUAAGGUAUUCUUCCAUGAGCUCGUUACGUUGUGCAAAGCUGAGGAUAAUAUCCUGAAUAAGCUGGAUUGCUAUAAGAACGUUACCAAUUUGGUACCACUACGAAAGAGCGCCCUUAGAGCUCUAGCAGCUUUUCAUUACAUCACAGCAGCUGGAUAUCGUGAGGAGAUCUUCAAAAUUCUCUUCACUACCCUCGAAAAGAACAAUCCAGAACUUCAGGAAGCGGCAUUUGAAUGCAUGCAGAAAUUUAUAGCUGGCUUCCCAAUUGAAAAGGAGAUAGUUUAUGCAGGGAUGAAGUCACUUUUGACAACACUUGGAGACUACAGAAAUCUCACAUUGAGCGGUGUUAAGAGUCUGUCGUAUUUGACACAGCUCUUUCCCUCGAUGUUCAAUGAGAAGUUGUGCGAGCAACUAUUGCAGCAUAUUAGGAAACUUCUUGAGCACUCCAUUGCAUCUAAUAAGAGUACAGAUCAAAACUUCCUAGCUGUGGCAAAAACUGGAGAGACUGAACAGAAGAUCACGACAAUCAUUGGUAUUUUUCAUCAAAUUCCGGCAGCUUCGUCAAAGUUUGUGGACUGCUUGUGUCGCUUAGUUCUGCAAACGGAGAAAACAAUUAUUAUUGAGUCUUCAAGCCCAUAUCGCGAGCCUCUCGUUAAAUUCUUGCUCCGAUACCCAAAAGAAACAUUGGACUUACUACUCAGUGAGGCUAAUGUGAAGGAUCCUCAAUGGAAUCGGUUUCUCAUUUAUCUGCUGAAGCACAAAGAUGGCGCAGUAUUCCGACUGGCCAUGGAAGCACAAGCACCGCAACUAGUGGCUCUCAUACUGACUAGUCCUUUCGAUCAGGGUACUAGUCAGAUGCAGGCUGCUCAGUUGCCGCAGCAGCAAAUGCCACAGCCUCAAUUUUACAUGGAUCGCUAUGAAUCUCUACGUCAGGCUGUGCUCAUUGUUCACACGCUGACCCAAUACGAUGAUCGUUGGUUGGCCACACAGCCAGAUAUUAUCCAUGCAUUGAAAACUUUGUGGGCCAAUGACUUGUACAAAACUUGUGAAGCAUCAAUCGUAUGCGAUUUGUGGCAUUUAGUGGCGAAAAUUUUGCUUCACUAUUUUUCACAUCACACCCAUGACAUUGAUUUGCUGUUUCAACUUUUGCGGGCACUGUGUUUGCGAUUUAUUCCCGACUUUCAAUUUUUGCGGGAUUUCCUGCAAAAUGUUGUGGCUCAGAGUUAUACAGUGGAUUGGAAGAGGAAGGCAUUUUUCUAUUUUGUGGAUAAUUUCAACAAUCCAAAUAUUUCAUUGGAGUUGAAGGCAAAAAUCCUCACUUGCAUCCUCAUUCCCAGCUUUGCUGUGAGCUUUGAGAAGGGAGAAGGGAACAAAUUGGUUGGAGCACCGCCCACACCCUAUCAGGAGGAUGACAACAAUGUAGUAUCAGUCUUUAUCAUGAAGUGUUGUUCUAUACUUCCCCAGGUUAUAGAUCAUGACAAUCCUUAUGCCAAUGAUGAUGCAGUCCGCAUAGCUCUACUACAAUUUGCCUGUUUGCUUGUUGAACGUGCAUCAUCGCAUAUUCACGAUGGUGAUGCAAAUAACAAGAAGCAAAGCAAUAAGUUACGUCGUCUGAUGACUUUUGCAUGGCCAUGUUUGUUGGUAAAAAGUUGUGUUGAUCCGGCUGCGCGUUAUCAUGGUCACUUGCUUCUUAGUCACAUUAUAGCUCGUCUAGCCAUCCACAAGAGAAUUGUCCUGCAGGUAUUUCAUUCACUGCUCAAAGGACAUGCCAUUGAGGCAAGAUCUGUGGUAAGGCAAGCUCUUGAGGUACUAACACCAGCAAUGCCAUUACGCAUGGAGGAUGGUAACACGAUGCUGAAUCACUGGACGAGGAAGAUUAUUGUGGAAGAGGGUCAUUCGAUGCAGCAACUCUUCCAUAUCCUUCAACUUGUGGUGAGACAUUACAAAGUUUACUAUCCUGUGCGUCAUCACCUCGUUCAGCAUAUGAUCAACUCGAUCCAGCGACUCGGAUUUGCAGCAACGGCCACGGUGGAGUAUAGGAAAUUGUCAGUGGAGCUGGCGGAGGUUAUUAUCAAAUGGGAGUUGCAGCGAAUCAAGGAGGAGAAUGACGAUACCCUACCGGCAGAAGAUGAAGAAGCUAGUGGUCUGAGUGACAGCAAAUUGAGCCAGUCCGGAGCUAUAAAGAGAACAUCGCAGGAAGAACAUGCUGAAUUGGCUAGGAAGAAACAACUGAUGACUGAAGCUGGACCAUCAACACAGCAGCAGCCAGUUGUACCAAAAGUCGAAGGUGCUAAUCGGCCAAUUGAUCGUGUACACUGCGAUACAGUCCUAAAUUUCCUAAUGAGACUAGCCUGUCAAGUACAUGAGCUCAAUACUCAACCAGGUCAGGUGUCUGCUGGAGAAAGUCUCUCUCGGCGAUGCGUUACCCUUCUGAAAAUGGCUAUGAAGCCUGAAGUUUGGCCUCAACCGUGUGAUUUGAAGCUAGCGUGGCUCGAUAAAGUUUUUGCCAGUGUAGAAACUCAGCAGCCGAAUUUUGGGAAUAUCUGUACAGCUUUGGAACUUCUGACUUUCUUGCUGACUGUUAUGAAGAAAGAUCAAAUAUUGACAACAUUCCGUCCACUACAGAGGGGUCUAUCUGUUUGUGUCAACUGCACCAACACUAAAGUUAUUCGUUUGAUGCAUAGUCUUCUGGCUAAGUUGAUGUCACUCUUCCCAACGGAUUCCCAUCACAAAUACGAAGAAUUGGAGACGCUCUAUGCAACGGUUAAUAAGAUGAUUUGCGAAGGAUUGAGUCAGUACGAGAAGAGUCAACAGGCUAAUCCGUCAACACUCUUCGGAACCUUAAUGAUCCUCAAGGCAGCCUGCAUGAAUAAUCAAAGCUACAUUGAUCGGUUAAUGGUGCCAUUUAUGAGGCUUCUCAAUCGCCUAACAAAGGAUCAUCUAGCUGGUUGCAUGGCUCCACCAAAUGCUGGACAACCAGAAGUUGGACUUUCUCCAGUAGCACUCGAACUGCUGAUUCUAUCUCUCGAUCUCGUGAAGAAUCGCGUUGUUGUGAUGGGUGUGGAGAUGCGUAAAGUUUUCAUUGGGAACAUUCUCGUGGGACUCAUUGAGAAGAGUACAGAUGUAAAAGUGAUGAAGGCCAUUGUGAAGAUGAUCGAAGAGUGGAUGCGUCAUAAGAAUACGCCAAUUACUGUAACCCAGGCACCAACGUUGCGUGAGAAAUCAAUUCUACUCGUGAAAUUGAUGCACUUUGUGGAGAAGCGUUUUGCAGAAGAUCAAGAAUUAAAUGCACAAUUUCUGGAAUUGAUCAAUUACAUCUAUCGUGAUGAUCAAUUGAAGCAAACGGAGUUAACGUCGAAGCUCGAAGCUGCCUUUGUUGCUGGACUGCGAUGCAAUCAGCCGCAUAUCAGAGCUAAGUUUGUUGAAGUCUUCGAUGGAUCUAUGAGACGUAGGAUGCACGAUCGAUUGCUGUAUAUUGUUUGUUCGCAAGCCUGGGACUCCAUCGGGCAACACUAUUGGAUCAAACAGUGCAUCGAACUGCUGAUUUUGACUGUUAACUCAUCAACGCAAAUCCAGAAUGCAAAUGAAAGUCAUCUACUGCCGAGCGUAUCUUCAGUGAUCAAUUUGGCCGAUUCGGAUGAAAAGAAGAACUUCGUCAUCUUCACGUCCUUCCAAAACGAUCCACAGGAGCAAUUUGAUACGAUUGAAGAUAAGGAAGAUGCCUUUGAUAUGGACAUGAGUGUUGAGUCAACUAUUUCUCGACGGGAGGAAAGUGAACGUCCAGUUGCAAACAGGCAGACACAAUUGGUCAAACUGAUCAAUCGCCAGAGCAAGUUUUUGGAAGCCAGUCGGAAGAUUCGUACGGAGCAGCUCUUAGUUGCUACGUCACAGCUCUGUCAUAUGGAUACGCAAUUGGCAGAAAGAGUGUGGUUGGAUAUGUUCCCACGCAUCUGGACGGUUUUAGAUGAAGAGCAUCAGAAUUCACUUGCUCAGGAAUUCUUGGCUUUCCUAUCAUCGGGAACGCACAAUAACCAGAAGGAUUGCCAUCCGAGUGCUAUGAACACUUUCGUUGAAGCUCUAACUCGUUGCCAGCCACCUAUUGUCAUUCCUCCGCAUCUGAUGACGUAUCUAGGGAAGGCGCACAAUUUAUGGCAUCGUAUGACGCUAAUGCUCGAGAAUAUGGCACAAUACUGGCCACAAAAGAAGGAAUCCAGUCAGCAAGAUAUCUCAGAAGCCAACUUGAACAACUUCUACGGUGGAGAAUUUACCCAGCAAGACGUCUACGAUCCGUUGUCGCAGAUGUACUCGGUACUUCAGGAAGAAGAUCUCUGGGCAGGAUUGUGGCUCAAGUAUGCUAAAUAUCCUGAGACUAACAAUGCCAUUGCCUAUGAGCAAAUGGGCUUCUUUGAAGAGGCACAGAAUGCUUAUGACAUUGCCAUGUCGAAAUUGAAGACAGAUAUGGCAAAUGGACCAGUAGCUUUUGACAUCAACAAUGAGCUUUUGCUGUGGGAAAAUCAUUGGAUAAGAUGUGCCAAGGAGCUAAAUCAAUGGGAUCUCCUUCUAGAUUAUGCUCAAUCCAACAAAGAUAAGAACUUUAUGCUGAUUAUGGAGAGUGCAUGGAGGGUGCCUGAUUGGAAUUUGAUGGAACAGGCAUUGCUGAAAGUCGAACAGAGUUGUCCGAAGCAAGCCAGCUACAAAGUCAAUCUCUACAGGGGAUUCCUAACUAUUCUGAAUUUGGAGAAACAGAGGCUCAAUUCUGUGGAGACUUACGUUGAGAUGGCAUCGAAGCUUUGCAUGCGCGAAUGGCGUCGGUUGCCUCAUAUUGUCUCUCAUAUUCAUCUGCCAAUCCUCCAGGUGGCACAGCAGAUAAUGGAACUACAGGAAGCCAAUCAGAUCCAUCAGGGAUUGCAGCAAGUGAAGAUGUCAUCUUCACUGCAUGAUAUGAAGGCCAUUGUGAAGACCUGGCGCAAUCGUCUGCCUGUCAUUGCUGAUGAUUUAUCUCAUUGGAGUGAUAUCUUCACUUGGCGUCAGCAUCACUAUCAAAUAAUAACGGAUCACCUUAAGCAACAAACAGAAUCUGGAAAUAAUAUGUUAGGAGUUCAUGCUUCAGCACAGGCAAUCAUUCAUUUCGGGAAGAUUGCACGAAAGCACAAUUUGCGUGGUGUCUGCCAGGAUUCCCUCUCGCGCAUCUACACGAUACCCCAGGUGCCAAUUGUUGAUUGUUUCCAGAAGAUCAAGCAACAAGUGAAGUGUUAUCUGCAAAUGGCUGCAGUUUCGGGCAGAAAUGAACUGAAUGAAGCUGUAGAAGUGAUUGAAUCGACCAAUUUCAAGUACUUCAAUCACGAAAUGUCAGCAGAAUUUUAUGCCUUCAAGGGUCUACUAUUGGCCCAAAUUGGUCGUUCCGAGGACGCCAAUAAGGAAUUCAGUGCAGCAGUGCAGAUGCACGAUACACAAAUUAAAGCAUGGGCCCUAUGGGGUGACUAUCUGGAGCAUGUUUUUACCACUGAUACCAAUCAGCCACGCAAUAUGCAAAAUGGUUUGGGUGCAAUGACAUGCUUCUUGCAUGCAUGUCGACAUCAAAAUGAAUUCAAGUCACGCAAGUACCUGGCCAAGGUGCUCUGGUUGCUCUCGUACGAUGACAAGAGUUCGUCAUUGAUGGAGAUUCUGGAGAAGUAUUCAGUGGGAGUUCCUCCACUUCACUGGAUCCCAUGGAUUCCUCAAUUGCUGUGUGCUCUGGUUCAGUAUGAGGGAACGGUUAUUCUCAAUCUACUGAGUCAAGUUGGACGUAUGUUUCCGCAAGCUGUCUACUUUCCCAUUCGCACAUUGUACCUCACGCUGAAAAUUGAACAACGCGAGAGGUAUAAGAAUGCAGAACAAGCGAAUUUAGCUGCAGCGUGCAAAAGUCAGCAACAGGGACAAUCACAAACUGGUGCUGUGGCAGGAGGUACUCCAACAGGAUCAGAAGCAUCUCCGUCUCAGAUGACUGUAACAGCACAACCAGGAACAAGUCAGGCAACAGGUGGAACCGAUCAACCGGGACCGGGUCCAUUUAAAGCUACCCCACCGAUGUGGCGAUGCUCCAAGAUAAUGCACCAUCAACGAGAUAUUCAUCCCACAACACUUAGCUCCUUGGAAGGCAUUGUGGAUCAGAUGGUGUGGUUUAGGGAGAACUGGUAUGAGGAAGUUCUACGUCAGCUGCGGCAAGGCUUGACAAAAUGCUACGUGAUUGCCUUUGAGAAUCGAGGAUCCGUCAAUGAAGCCACAAUUACACCACAUACGCUGAAUUUCGUGAAGAAAUUAGUGUCGACUUUCGGCAUUGGAAUAGCUGACAAUAGACUUGUGUGUCGAAUUGUAGAAAACAUUUCGAGUUCUGUGGCAUCGACAUUUGCAUCAGCUGCUUCGGAAUCCCUGGCGAAGCGUGCUCAGGCAACUGUUCAGGAUCCAGUAUUUCAGAAGAUGAAAGGUCAAUUUACGAGUGAUUUUGACUUUUCUCAGCCUGGUGCCAUGAAAUUGCACAAUUUAAUUAGUAAAUUGAAGAAAUGGAUAAAAAUCCUUGAGGCUAAGACGAAGCAAUUGCCAAAGGUGUUCCUGAUUGAGGAGAAAUGUCGCUUCUUGUCAAACUUUAGUCAAAAAACAGCCGAAGUGGAAUUGCCAGGAGAAGUUUUGGGAUCACGUCCAUCCCACUAUCAUAUUCGUAUUGCUCGAUUUAUGCCACGCGUUGAAGUGGUGCAGAAGCACAAUACAGCCGCACGUAGGCUAUCAAUUCGGGGGACAAAUGGAAAGAUCUACAAGUAUUUGGUGGUCAAUGAUUCGGGAUUGGGGGAUGCUAGGAGGGAAGAGAGAGUAUUGCAACUUCUACGGAUGCUCAAUCACUAUCUGGCUAAGCAGAAAGAGACAGCUAGGAGAUUCCUAAACAUCACAGUUCAUCGUGUUGUUGCUGUAUCACCACAAAUGCGCCUAGUUGAGGAUAAUCCAACAAGUAUUUCUCUUUUGGACAUCUACAAGAAUGGCUGUGCUAAGAUGAAAAUUGAACAUGAUACUCCCAUCGCAAGAUAUUACGAGAGAUUAGCUGAGGUUCAGUGUCGAGGCUCACAGACAACGCAUCCGAUAUUGCGUGAUAUUUUGCGUGAGAUCCAACAGUCGAUGGUGCCAAAAACCAUUCUCAAAGACUGGGCUGUUCAGUGUUUCCGAUCAGCCACAGAUUAUUGGCAAUUCCGCAAAAUGUUCACUCUUCAGCUGUCUCUGGCAUGUUUAUGUGAACAUGCACUGCAUUUGACCAGAAUUAAUCCCGAUAUGAUGUAUCUGCAUCAGGAUUCGGGUCUUAUUAAUAUUUCCUACUUCAAAUUUGACGUUGAUGAUGUGACAGGGGAGCUGGAUGCUAGUCGUCCAGUUCCCUUCAGGUUGACACCCAAUAUUGUGGAAUUUCUGUCCAGUAUCGGAAUUACGGGGCCUCUGACGGCAUCAGCAAUGGUUACGGCCAGAUGCUUCGUUCAGCCCAAUUUCAAACUUCCCACGAUACUCAGGACGAUUCUGAAGGAUGAAAUAAUGGCGGUGCACAAGAAGAGGCCAGCAAAUGAGAAUCCAAGCAUUGAUCCAAAUGGGGAUUUGUCCUCGGACAAGGGAGCCAAUGAAGUGGACAUGGAGAAGAUUAUAACAAUUGUGAAUAAAGGCGUGAACUCAAUCAUGAGCAGACUCAAUAAUCUCUCGUAUUUUGAGAGUGUGGAUACUAAUAAGAUGGGAACUCUUGUACAAGCUGCUCUCAAUCCCGAUAAUCUUUGUCGCAUGGAUCCAGCCUGGCAUCCAUGGAUGUAAUUUCACAAAGAAAAAAAAAGAAAAGAAAUUGUAGAUGAAAAGCAGCAGUCUGAGCAAUUUGUAAUAAUUUAAGCAGACUUCAAUCUCAACAAAAUAUUAUUAAUUUGUGUGUUUGAUUUUUCGUAAAAAAGAUUCUUGCAAAUUGAAAUUAUAUAAUUAGGUUUUAUUUUGUAUUUGUAAUAGAUUUAUAAUGACAAGAAAAUUAUGCCUGCACAUCAAUGGGCGAUUUAUUAUUCUGAAAUUCUAGAAUCAAUGCAUUAACAUCAAAUAAAAAAAAAUAUUCAAUUUAA